AUGAUUGCCUCCGACGCAUCAAAAACAACUGAAAAGCCAAAGCUUAAUAUCAAGUCGCAUGAGAUUGUUCCCAAAGUAGAAGCUGCAGAGAACAUGCCUCUCAGUCGCCCUCAUUUCAUUUAUACUGUCACACCUUAUUGCCUUACAAGGGACCAUGUGCAACUUCCAGUCUCAUUUGCACGGGAACACAGUCUCACGAACAGGAAAUGUACGAUAACGAUAAGGGAUGAGCAAAGGUCUUGGACAUUUACACUAUAUUCGUCUGGCGCACACACCUACAUUAAAGGCAAAUGGCGUGAAUUCUGCAUUGCAAAUUGCUUGAAGAAAGGAGAUCAGAUAAUGCUUGAGAUAGUUGAAAAUGGAAUGAAUCCUGGUAAACACACAGUUGUUAAUGAAGUUUUUCCCGCUUCAAAUUUUAAAAAUCAAUCUGCUGAGAUAAAUGCUUCUGUAAAACGAUCUCAAGAUUUGAGAGCAAAUGCAUCACUUCAACUCGAAGGGAAGAAGCCUAAUUUGGAUGCUGAAAAAGUUUCAUCCCGAAGGGAAGAAGCAAAUGUACCCGCUUCAACAUCUGCCAAUGCCAACAGUCAAUUUGUUUCUAUUAUCCAGCCUUAUGCUAUCAUCAGAGCUCUUUUCUAUCUUCCGUUGGCUUUUGCAAGACCAAAUGGCUUGAUGAGACGUUGUAAGAUGAUUCUCAAGGAUGAGAAACAGAGAUCAUGGUCAGUGCAACUAGGAGAAGUGGGACCUCGUUUUGCAAUUACCAAGGGAUGGCGACAGUUCAGAGAAGCAAAUGCUGUCCAAGUAGGAGAUACUUAUAAGUUUGAACUCAUUGACAAUGGCACAACACCUGUAGCGUAUUUUCAUCGUACGAGAGAAAAUGCAUCAUUUCAGCCCGAAGGAAAGAAGCCUAAUUUGGACGCAAAAAGAGUUUCAGCCCGAAGUAAUGAAGCAGAUGUACCUGUUUCAACAUGUGCUAAUGCUAACCCUCAAUUUGUCUCUACUAUCAAUCCCUAUUGCAUCUACAGUCCUUUUCUCUAUCUUCCAUCGGCUUUUGCAAAAUCAAAUGGCUUGGUGAAUAGACGUUGUAAGAUGAUUCUCAGAGAUGAGAAACAAAGAUCAUGGUCAGUGCUGCUAGCACCAAUGGGACAUCACAUUGCAAUUACCAAGGGAUGGCGACAGUUCAGAGAAGCAAAUGGUGUCCAAGUCGGAGAUACUUGUAAGUUUGAACUCAUCGACAAUGGCACGAUACCUAUAGCAUAUUUCUAUUGUAAAUAUUCGGACAAGUCAUUGACAAAUAUAAAUAAGCAGUUAGUGAUAUACAAGGAAAACUAG